GCUCGAAGUAGCUACCGGUACAUGUGCAUGUAUUGCAUCUCUUAGUUUUUAUCAAUUGCAGCAACAUUACCAAUCAACAGACUCGUUGAUUUGACUUAUUUGUAGCAAGGUUGUUCGUUUUCGUGACUAUGACGAUUCGAUUCGAUCUGCUUGAUUCCUUCAUGCGGGCUGAAGGCAGCACCUUGACGAAGACAGAAUCUAACCUUAAUGCUGCCUGGUACCCUGUUGAUGACACAGGAGAGUGCCUUCGGUUUGGUGUGAAAGAUAAUGCACCAUAUGAAGAGCUAUCAUGCCUUUAUCCAGCAUAUGGAAAGACAUACUUUGAGUUUGAAAAGACUGGGAUGACAAAGUUCCAUGAGAACAUGUGGGAUUUCAUGAGACGCAACCCUUGGCUGGCCUACUUCACAUGUGCACUCUAUUGGCUUGGUAUUGUUUUCGGGCGGAGAUACUUUGCCAACCGACCUGCCUGGAACUGUCGAAAGGCUUUGGCAGCAUGGAACCUGGGCUUGGCAAUUUUCUCCUUUGUGGGAUUUGCCCGAACCGCACCGCAGCUGGCUCACAAUAUCUACUACUAUGGUUGGAAAAACACCCUUGACUCCUUUCCCCAUAGUUCCUUGGGACAAGGAAGCAGCUGCUUCUGGGUGUUGGCCUUCGUUCUCAGCAAGUUUGUGGAACUCAUUGAUACAUUGUUCAUUGUGGUCCACAAGAAGAAGCUGCUCUUCCUGCAUUGGUAUCACCACAUAACAGUUCUUCUGUUUUGCUGGCAUGGGUGGAUAGCACUGCAACCAAUGGGUCUUAUCUUUUGCGUUGUCAACUAUGGUGUUCACAGCAUCAUGUAUUUUUAUUACUAUUUGAUGGCUGUCAAAAGAAAACCAAAGUGGUUCAAUCCUCAGGUCAUCACGGUGGUACAAAUUUUGCAAAUGGUUGUGGGAGUUAGGGUGUGUGCACAAUCUUGGCACUUGGCCAAAGAGCCUGGGUCCUUUGUCGAUAAGAGGAUUAUCAUGGCAGGCUUUGUCAUGUAUGCAAGCUAUCUUGCCCUGUUCAUGCAAUUCUUUGUUAACCGAUACCUGGUUCUCAAGAAAGUUAAGCACUCGUAGAACUGAUCAUUCACAAUACAAAGAACAAUCAACAACUCAACAAUCAAGAUAUCAUGUGAGUGCUCCAUGAUGAGUCAUUCCAUGUUGAAGGGGCUAGCUAGCUAGGCUUCCGCAAGGAGGUUUCGCUUGGGAAGUGCAGAGCAUAAUGUAUGUAGUCAGUGUUUACAAACUUGUAUGCAUGAAACAAUUGCUUUGCCGAAUGUGGUGUUACAAGAACCGGACUUAGCUACAAAACAGGACAACCUAGCUACUAGUAGAGUAUGAUGUACAGUACUACGAUAGAGUAGCGGUCGCGUCUCAUCCUUUUGUUACGUCUCCUGAGACGACGCUCCUUUUGGUUACCCC